AUGUGUAAAGUCAAAAUUUUGCGAGCUUUGGUCAAGCAGCGACUAAACGUGGCCAUCGAAGAGAUUUUCGGACUGUUCGAAAGAACCAUGGCGGAGUACGAGGAGGAACUUUGUCGAACAAAAGAGGAGAACGAGCGGCAACGUGAAAUUCUCGAAAAUGUUUUCAAGCAUCAAGCUGAGUUGGACGAAGGAGAUGUGCAGCAAGUCUUGGUGGAGACUCAAGAAGACGACUCCCCCUCAGAGGAAGAGCCCGUCCAAGCUGAAGUCACCCACAUUAAAGAGGAAGAACUCGACGAGUGGAAAAACGAAGAGCCCUCGCUGCAGCCCGCCGUCACCGCCGUCCGGGUCAAGCACGAAGACGACGGCGAACCCUCGUCGCUCCUCCCUAGCGAGGACAACCGAGGCGACUCCGCUCGGACGGAACGCGAAGACCGCACGGACUCCUCCGACGACGGCAAAGAACCGUCGGACUCCCGAGGCGAGAAAAAACUCUUCGUCUGCUCCGCGUGCGGCAAGACCUUCGUCAACAAAAGCGUUCUGAAAAACCACAUGGUCACGCACACGGGGGAGAAGCCCUUCGCGUGCAGCGUCUGCGACAAGCGCUUCUCCUUGAAGCAUCACGUCAACCGCCACAUGAGAAUCCACACGGGCGAGCACCCGUACUCUUGCUCGGUCUGCGCCAAAGGAUUCCGCGAUAAGUUCGGCCUGCGCAGUCACAUGAGCAAACACACCGGACAGAAACCCUUCUCCUGCCCCGUUUGCGCCAAAGGCUUGUCGUGCAACUCCUCGCUCAGGAUUCACAUGAGAUUGCACACGGAAGAGAAACCGUUCACCUGUCCCGUGUGCGGGAAAGGCUUUUCCGGCAGCUCGUCGUUCAGCGUUCAUCUCAGACAGCACACGGGGGAGAAACCGUUUGUUUGCCCCGUUUGUAGCAAAUGUUUCUCCCGGCAAGAAACGCUCACCGUGCAUAUGAAACGGCACACUGAAAACCAGUAA